UUUCCCAGAUUUCCGGCGAACAUCUCAACUCCGAUCUCGAUCUUCACGAUGGAUGUUGAUCCACCAUCCUCAUCUCCCAAAAAGAUGAAAUUCAAACCCAAACCACCGCGUCGGAAGACCGUUUCUGUGUUACCUAAGAGUGAGCUUGAUGAUGACGAGAAUGAUGAAACCACAAAGGAUUUGCUCCGCAAAGUCAAUGAACGCCUUGGCACUCGAAGGCCUAAAGUCGAAAAGAAAUCUUCUGGCAAUGUAAUGACACCAAAUGGAGCUGGAUCUUCGAGGACUCUUGACCAGCUGAAAAACGACAACAGCAAAAACAGCUCGACUUUGAGAGAGUCUUCUGAGAAAAGUGUCGUGAGCUCUUCCUCAACUGCUACAAAAGAUAGAGAUGUUGAUUAUAUGGUGGUUGAUGAUGAAUUGGGAUCACCAAGCGACUCUGAUAACGAGUAUAAAGAACCCUGGGAUCCGGACUCAUACUAUCCCAUUACUCUUCCUCUGAGACCCCCUGGCUCUGGAAAUCCGGAGGUUCUUAAUGCACUAGAAUUUGGGGAAGAGAAGGAAUAUGAUGAGACUAAAAUCAACUCUGCCUUAGAGCUGGGACUGUUGGGGCAAGAGGACUAUGAAAAAAAACAGAUGAUAUUUUUCCAAUUUCCUGAAAACCUUCCUCUAAAUAAGCAAACGCAUCAAGUUCCAGUUAGCUUGAAGGGCAAAGAAAAAGUUGAGAGCUCGAGUUUUGUGAAACAAGAUGCUUCUAACAAGUUCUGUGGUUUAAAAGACUUGCCGGAUGGGCACAUGGGCAAGAUGCUGGUUUACAAAAGUGGAGCAAUCAAGCUCAAGCUUGGAGACGUAAUCUUUGAUGUUCAUUCUGGUAUACCUCUUGGAUGUAAACAAGAUGUUGCAGUAAUGAAUACUAAAACCAAGAACUGUUGUGUGCUCGGGCCAGUUGAUAAGCCAGCUGUUGUAACUCUUGACGUAGAUUCCAUCUUGGACAACAUUGACGAGCCGUAAUGCUAGAAGAUUCAUCAAGCAGUAACAGGUGUUUUAGGAGUACAGCCAGCUAAUUGAAGAGUAUUAUCAUAGUUUUGUAAACUUCAUCAACUGUACGUGGUAUGCAAGUAUAUGUCUAUAUGCUAACUACUAGAAACUAUCUAUGCUAGUAUACAACUAAUGAAACUUAUGCAGAGUUUUCUAUUAGUAUAAAAUAGUUUCAUUUUCCA